CGAACGGGGACCCAAGCUUUCGGUAUAGAGAGCAAUCGGCCGCUUGUGUUCCGCGCGGACGGAACGCGCACGCCGCGCUGCUGCUGCUAUUCCUUGCCAGUUCUUCGCUUGGCGUGCGUAAACCACGAGGUCCUAAAAGCCAGGCGCUAUGGCGAAAUCGGAGCAGAAAGCAGAGAAGAUGCUCUGGACUGUGUGACGGAACCUCCCCGCGCGCAAUUUGCCUGCGUAUAACGUUGACGGGCGUGGAAUAUUGCCAUGGAUGGGACGAAGUCUGAAGAGAAGAGGGAGCGGUGCUGGAAGAAGCGAACCAGAAUGGAGAGGUACCUCCUGGUGUUGGCAACACUGCUCAUGCUGUUAUGCAUCGCCCUCUUCGCCACCACAGCAGUCGCAAUGACUAGACUACGAGCAAACCUCAACCGAGGCAAAUCGCGGCUGCUUCCCUCCGAGUACUGCGAUUCUGCUGCUUGCCGAAAAAGAGCGAAAGAGAUAAAGGAUUCCCUCGACCUGACCGUCGACCCGUGCGACAACUUCUACGCCUUCGUGUGCAACAACUGGGUUCGAAACCAUCCUGUGCCGGAUGACCGGGCCCGGGUAAGCAGCUUCGAGGCUCUGCGGCGGCAGCUGCACGCCACAUUAAAAGAUAUCUUGGAAUCAGCGCCUUAUGAUGCGGAACGUCAGAAUAUCACAGACAAAGUGAUCCUCGCAUACAAAGCUUGCAUCGACGAAUCUGUGGAAGAAGAAGUUAAGUUCCAGGCCCUGCGAAACCUCCUGAACCGUACGGGCCUCAGCGGCUGGCCAAUAAGAAACGGGAGCGACUCCGCGCCGGAUUGGGAGGACACAUUCGUCAAAAUCUUUUCCGAAACUGGACUUAGCUUUAUUAUUGCCAUGAACGUUGUUCAGGAUCUCAGGAACGCCACAUUCUACGUCAUCAGCUUUGAUCAGCCUGGUUUCGGCAUUGGCCGCAAUCAACUCCUCAAUCAGACGAGUGCCCACAAUUCUGCAAUUGUAGACGCGUACAAAGCGUACAUUAGCCAGUCCAUCCGGAUCGUGAGGCCUGAAGUCAGCAGCGAAGAAGUCCAAGUCAUCACGGAAGACAUAUUGGACUUUGAAACGGAGUUAGCCAAAAGGACGCGAGCGCCUGAGGAGAGGAGAGUCCUCGAAAAAAUGUACAACCGCCAAAGAGUUGCAGACUUGUCGGACGAAUUCCCGGAGCUAAACUGGCUCAAGGUCUUGAACCAGAUAUUUGCCAAAGUGAACAAAACACUGACCGAAGACGAGGACGUUGUCAUCAGGGAACCGAACUAUUACAACACAACCCUCAAGUACCUGAAGCAAGCCAAAGAAUCAACAAUUCACAACUACUUAGGCUGGCGCGUGCUGCAAGCUUUCGCACCGACGGCCACAAGCCAGUUUCGUGAGACGGAGUUUGUAUUCCUGCGAGCCGUUCAAGGAGUUAAGAAGAGUCCACCCCUGUGGCAGCGGUGCGUUAAGGACAUCAACGGAAUCCUGAGCCAAGCCGUUGGAAGAAUUUAUAUCGAUCGAGAGUUCAGCCCUCAGGCCAAAGAGGACAUGGAGUGGAAGGUGAAAGAUCUGAAGGAAGCCUUUAGCAUCCUUCUAGCGCAGAACAGCUGGAUGGACAAGGCGACGAAACGAAGAGCGGCCAAGAAGCUGGACCAGAUGAUCGCCAACAUUGCCUACGCCAACUGGCUUACCAAUGACACUUAUCUUAACGGGAGAUACAAUCUCGUAGCGGACGUUAAACCCGGAACUCCAUUUUUGGAAACCUUCCUCAACUUCCGCCACAACAACAUCGUCAAAAGGCUUCAGAAGCUUCAUCAUAUCUACAACAGAAGCGCCGAGUGGAACACGGGGCCGGCAGUCGUGAACGCUUUUUACAGCCCCGUCGCGAACUCCAUUUCCUUUCCGGCCGCGGUUCUGCAAAGCCCUUACUACAUGUACGGAUUGCCGUCGUCGCUCAAUAUGGGAGCCAUUGGUAUGAUUAUAGGACAUGAAAUCACACAUGGCUUCGAUGAUACUGGCAGUCAGUUUGACGACAAAGGCAACCUCAGGAACUGGUGGACGCUGGAGACCCGCAAAAAAUUCUAUGAUCGCGCUAAGUGCUUCGUGGAACAGUACGGAGACAUAUACGACGAUGAAGCAGGAAUGCAUCUCAACGGGAUCAACACUCAAGGAGAAAAUAUCGCAGAUAAUGGCGCCGUUCGAGCUGCAUUUCGGGCUCAUCGCAUAGCAUUGGCCAAGCAGGGUAAGCCAGCGGGUGUAGGCCUCACUGGUUUGGAACAGUUCACAACCGAUCAGCUUUUCUUCAUCUCCACUGCCACUGCGUGGUGCAGCAACACAAGAAAGGAGGAAAUGAAAAACACCCUUCAGUAUGAUACUCACAGCCCGUCGAAAUACAGGGUCAACAUUCCAAUGGGAAAUUUCGAGGAGUUUUCCGAGGCAUUCGGCUGCCCCGCGGGAUCCCGAAUGAACAUUUCCAGCAAAUGCGUCCUCUGGUGACUCCGUAAUGGACCUCCGGAACGCGCCGGGGCUUGUAAAUAAACCAGUUUAUAAUGUCA